UUCCUCUCUUCUUCCAAAGGUUUGACCGGCCAUCACGUUCCUUCAAUCACCAAUCGUAUUGUUUCAAUUUCUAACGAAGGAAAAAAGUUCGGUCAAUGAUUUGCAUUUUUAGUCUCAAAACAAAGUGUGCCUGCAUGCAAAAGAAGCAAGGGUGAAACAGAGCACAAACCGACAGAAUAUGAUGGUUGAAGAAGAAAAAAGAUUUUCAGGAGGAAGGAAACAGAUUUUCAGGGGGAAGAAAAAUGUAUAAAUAAAUGAACAUCUCAUGCUAUCCUACUUACCCACGCCCCCAGGAAUCACUUACCUCUUUGCUGAUAUACAACAAUGAAAAGCUUCACUUCUUUGGCUCUUGGUUUGGUCAGCUUGACCUCUGCUGUUAGCGGUACUGCCAUCGUGCGUGACAGCUUCAAAGCUCCCGCACCCGGACCCGGUCAAGCAUCUUCAAUCUACAAUGGUGCCAACAACGGUACAUUGAAAAACGGUCCAAUCGUUCCCGGUAAAUCAUUCGACCGAAUUAUCAAUAUUUGGUUGGAAAACACCGAUUUCGAAGAUGCUGCCACACUUUCACAAUUUCAAAAAGUUGCUGAACAAGGUGUUUUGUUUGAUUCAUACUAUGCAGUAACACAUCCUUCCGAACCAAACUAUAUGGCUUCUGCCUUUGGUGAUUUCUUUGGUUUGGGUGAUGAUGACUUUUGGUACAUCCCAAACAACAUUACCAGUCUUUUCGACGUUUUGAACGACGGAAAGGUCUCUUGGGCUUGUUAUGAAGAGAAUAUGCCAUUCACAGGUUACCAACAAUUCAACUACUCUCAACCAAACUACGUUUCAUCAAAUGCAACCAAGCCAUACACAUACUAUGUCCGUAAACACAAUCCUUGUGCAUUUGCUCAAGAAGCCGGUACAAACGCUGAUUAUGCCAUCCGCAACCGUAACUUCAACGACUUUGCAGCCGAUUUGAACGCAUCCACUUUGCCACAAUGGAUGUUCAUCACGCCAAACAUGGUUGAUGAUGCACAUGACAGUACAAUUCAAUAUGCCGGAAACUGGACAGAUUGGUGGUUGUUACCCUUGUUGGACAACCCAAAGUUCAACGAUAAUCGUACUUUGAUCUUAUUGACAUUCGAUGAAAAUGAAGAUUACGGAGAAAACAACCGAAUCUUUACAGUCGCUUUGGGAGGUGGUCUUCCAGCCAAUUUGAAAAACACAACCGAUUCAACAUAUUACACCCAUUAUUCUUCCAUCUCUACCGUUGAAGCAAAUUGGGGAUUGAAAAAUUUGGGUCGUGGUGAUGUUCAAAAAGGAAUGAACAAUGUGUUUGAUUGGGUCGCCACUGCUACUGGAUUCAAAAAUGAAAACCUCACUGGAGAUGCUAUCCCUUUCACAAAUUUGACUGGUAUCUUCAACGGUCCAUUCAACCCUGAUCAAACCACACUUUUCUAUGCUCCUAACGAUACAAACGUUAUCGGUGCAGGUGGUCAAGCCGUUUUGGUUAAGGAUGGUCUGGACAAGAGUAUCACUUUGGCAACUGUCAAACCUGUCAAUAUGACAGCUAUGCACACCGUUAGUCCAUUCGAUUCGAUCUCUCAUGAAUACGCUACUGCAAACCCUGUUGCCGUAGGAGGUAACAGAGCAGUCAAUGCAACAACAGGAUCAGCCGCUUCUCUCUCAUCAAAGGAUGGUGCUUCUUCCAUCGUGAUCAAUUUGAGCUUGUUGGCCGUUGUCGGUGUUUCAAGCAUGGCUGUCUUGCUAUGAGAACCUGAACAUGUACUGUCAUAAAUAGAAAUAAAAACGUCG